GGGGAGAAUAUGAAGGACAAGAAAAAGAAGGUGAAGUGGAUGAGGGCUAUUUGGAGAUGUCAAAGAUUGAAGGUGACAGAAAUAAGCUAAAAGAAGGACAAAAGACAGAGAAAGAGACACAGGAAGAGACUUUGGAGAAGAUGGACAGUGAUGGUGAAGAAGGACAAAGGGCAGAGGAAAAGAUCCACAAUGAGGGUAGAGCAGGACAAAAGACAAAGAAAACGAUUCUGGAAGAGACCUUGGAGAAGAUGGAGAGUAAGAGUGAAAAGGGAAAGAAGAGAGAAACAACGAUUCAAAAAAAGACUUUGGAGAACAUGGAGGGUAAGAGUAAAAGGGGAAAGAAGAGACAAACAAAAAUUCAAGAGAAGACUUUGGAGAACAUGGAGGGUAAGAGUAAAAAGGGAAAGAAGAGAGAAACAAAGAUUCAAGAGAAGACUUUGGAGAACAUGGAAGGUAAGAGUGAAAAGGGAAAGAAGAGAGAAACAAAGAUUCAAGAUAAGUCUCUGGAGAAGAUGGAGGGUAAGAGCGAAAAAGGAAAGAAGAGAGAAACAAAGAUUCAAGAAAAGGCUUUGGAGAACAUGGAGGGUAAGAGUAAAAGGGGAAAGAAGAGAGAAACAAAAAUUCAAGAGAAGACUUUGGAGAACAUGGAGGAUAAGAGUGAAAAGGGAAAGAAGAGACAAACAAAAAUUCAAGAGAAGACUUUGGAGAACAUGGAGGGUAAGAGUAAAAAAGGAAAGAAGAGAGAAACAAAGAUUCAAGAGAAGACUUUGGAGAACAUGGAAGGUAAGAGUGAAAAGGGAAAGAAGAGAGAAACAAAGAUUCAAGAUAAGUCUCUGGAGAAGAUGGAGGGUAAGAGUGAAAAGGGAAAGAAGAGAGAAACAAAGAUUCAAGAUAAGUCUCUGGAGAAGAUGGAGGGUAAGAGCGAAAAAGGAAAGAAGAGAGAAACAAAGAUUCAAGAAAAGGCUUUGGAGAACAUGGAGGGUAAGAGUAAAAGGGGAAAGAAGAGAGAAACAAAAAUUCAAGAGAAGACUUUGGAGAACAUGGAGGAUAAGAGUGAAAAGGGAAAGAAGAGAGAAACAAAGAUUCAAGAGAAGUCUCUGGAGAACAUGGAGGGUAAGCGUAAAAAAGGAAAGAAGAGAGAAACAAAGAUUCAAGAGAAGACUUUGGAGAACAUGAAGGGUAAGAGUGAAAAGGGAAAGAAGAGAGAAACAAAGUUUCAAGAGAAGACUUUGGAGAACAUGGAAGGUAAGAGUGAAAAGGGAAAGAAGAGAGAAACAAAGAUUCAAGAUAAGUCUCUGGAGAAGAUGGAGGGUAAGAGCGAAAAAGGAAAGAAGAGAGAAACAAAGAUUCAAGAAAAGGCUUUGGAGAACAUGGAGGGUAAGAGUAAAAGGGGAAAGAAGAGAGAAACAAAAAUUCAAGAGAAGACUUUGGAGAACAUGGAGGAUAAGAGUGAAAAGGGAAAGAAGAGACAAACAAAAAUUCAAGAGAAGACUUUGGAGAACAUGGAGGGUAAGAGUGAAAAGGGAAAGAAGAGAGAAACAAAGUUUCAAGAGAAGACUUUGGAGAAGAUGAAAAGUAAGAGUGAAAAGGGAAAGAAGAGAGAAACAAAGAUUCAAGAUCCUGUGGUGAUGACGAGAAGUAAAGUUAAAGAAGUGCAAAAGAGAAAGUUAAAAGAGGAGCAUCUGGAGAAGAGUGAGAGGGAAAGUGAAGAAGGGUCAAGUGGAGCAGCAGAAAAAACAGUACCAGAUCCUGAAGAGGAUGAGGAACAUGUGCCAAAAAGGACUUACCAGCUGUGUGAGAAAAGUGCAUCUGUGCCUUUGAACCAACAAAUGAAGAUGACCUCUUUUAAACAGGAUGGAACAGAUAAAAGGGAGGUUGAGUGCCCUUUCCAGAGAAUAGAGAGCUUUAGUUCAUCUGAAGGUGAUGGCUCCGCUGAUGAAUGGAAACCCACACAGCAGGAAUCUGAGAAUGAUUCUGAAGAAGAGGAGGAACAAGUCCUAGAAAGGGUUCACAAGGUGACCAAAAGAAAGAGAUCUGAGAGCCUUGUCCUGCAAAGAGAGGAGGAAUCAGAGGGUGAUUUUGAAGAAGAGGAUGAACAGAUCAUAGGAAGGGUUCACAAGGUGGCCAAAAGAAAGAGAUCUGAGAGCUCUGUCCUGCAAAGAGAGCUGAGGAGCUCAUCUGAAGUUGAGCGGGUUGGUUCAAGGGUCCGUGCACUGAGAGUAACAGAAAAGGAAUCAGAGGAGGAGUGUACGAGAGGAGAGAGUCUAUGUCUGCCUGAGAAAGAAGAGGAAGCCCUGUCAAAAGGAAAUAUGGGGGAAAGUGGUGAGGAAGAUGUGUUGCAGAAUGAGGAUACACGAGCAUUGAUGAGCCAAUCUCCAGACCUAAAACUGAAUACAGCCCUGGUUUCACUGAGUCCUGUCACUCUCAAGACACCUGUAAAUGACAAGGUGGCAGUCAAAGUCCGUCCUGGUAUGCAGCAGGCUUUUGUAAGCCCAGGAACAGCAACGAUUUUGACAACUCACUCAACAAAAACUGUGUGUGACCGAGUCAAUAUGGUGAAUAAGAUGAUUUUCCACCAGUCAUCUUUGUUUGAAGUCAUCAUGCCAAUAUCUGGUGACAACAUUGAACACCAGGCUGGAUCCACAGUUGGACAGAUGAUUCCCUCAGGAUCCAUGGGGGAAACUGUGUCCAAAGAGUGGAAUAUGGAGGGUAAGAGUGAAAAGGGAAAGAAGAGAGAAACAAAGAUUCAAGACAAGACUUUGGAGAAUAUGGAGGGUAAGAGUGAAAAGGGAAAGAAGAGAGAAACAAAGAUUCAAGAGAAGACUUUGGAGAAGAUGAAAAGUAAGAGUGAAAAGGGAAUGAAGAGAGAAACAAAGAUUAAAGAUGAGCCUGUGGUGAUGCCGAGGAGUAAAGCUAAAGAAGUGCAAAAGAGAAAGUUAAAAGAGGAGCAUCUGGAGAAGAGUGAGAGGGAAAGUGAAGAAGGAUCAAGUGGAGCAGCAGAAAAAACCUGGAAGAUACCUUUGAAAAGAAGGAAAUUUCAAGAAUGACGGGAAGAAAGGAGAAGGCAGGAGGAAUUGAAAACUGUUCAAAACUUAUGCAACAUUAAAAUGUUCAGUCACCAUA